GUGUGUAUUGUGUGCCACAUCUGGACAUACUGAUCUGGAGACAGUGCCAAAAGCAGCCUCUAGAAUCCUCCUCUCUGCAGCUAGUUUACACGGCCCAGAACAGUGCACCUCGUGCCAGAGAGGGAGGGCAGGAAGGAAAGGGAGGAGAGAGAGAGACGCACAGGGCAGAUGAGGGGCAUCGGGGCUUUCCGUUCUGGAGGAUAAGCGAGGGGGAAAGAGGUGGGUGAGAGAGGAGAGGAAGCAGCUCUAUAUUCUCACUGAGAGGACGGAGGACACAGCGGAGGAGAAGACAAAGAGUGAGUGAUACUUCAGCGGAAGAAAGAAGUCAAAGUCAGAAAUAGUGAUAGAGAAGAAGGAGAGAGAGCUAGAGACAGAGAGGCGGAGUGUGAAAGGAUAUACAUUCAACUGAGACCAGUGGAUCAACAACAUGAAUGGUGAAGAAGAAUGUUUUACUUGAAUAGUAACGAUUUUACAGAGAAGAAUUACUGAAAAACACAAACUUUAUGAUAGAGUCAACAUUUUAACAAAGAUACUAUCAUCAAAUGGACAAGAGAUGGCUGAAUUGGAAUGCAAAACUGAGGAAUACCUUCAUGAUGCUUCUGGGGUGAAAAGGUGCUGUGAGCGUUGUCGUAAAGGCAGUAACCAGAAGGUAUUGAGGGAGUGUGAAGCCAGUAGUGACAGGCAAUGUGUGUGUAAGACAGGUUACUACUGUACAGACGAUGGAUGUGAACACUGCCUACCUGUGACCCUGUGCCCUCUGGGUUCAGGUGUCGUGAAUCAAGCCAACCCCCAGAAUGACACAGUCUGUGCCCCGUGCCAACCUGGGACCUAUAACAGCUUCAACGAUGCCUUCACACACUGCCAAUCACACACCAGGUGUGGGGACCUCGGGAAGGAGGUGAAAAGUGCUGGGACUGAGACUACCGAUGCUGUGUGUGGUGCCUUCAUAUCUCGGUGUCACUGGAUACUACCUACCAGUCUGUGGGCAGGACUAGUGGUGACCUCACUCAUCAUAAUCUUGAUCUGCAUCUAUUGGAGGGCCAAGCGUCAAUCAUACAUGCCAGCCAACUCCAGUAGUCCUGGUAUUCCUGUAGAGCCUGCACCUCCUUCCUUCGCACCAGCUGAGCUCAAGUUCCCCACCGAGUGCAACAGCCAUUGGAGCCUGGACCAGAAAGCCACUGAGCCACUCUUCAUCAACACAGCUGUUAUUCAGGUAAACGGCUAUACGUCAGACUGUGAAGUUGAGGCCGAUGGCACCACCAUAACAAUGACAACAUCAGAGCGAUUCAGCCAAUCGGAUCACAGUAAUGGAAUGAGAGGACAUGACAUCAGACCCUCCCGCUACCUAUCAGAGCCACAGGAAGAUGAGUGGCCAGGGACUUAAUUCUGAUUUUCAACUAAAUAUUCCUUUUUUAAUUACUUUUUUCAAUGAACAAGACCCACAUGGGAAAAAAAACUGAGCAGAUUCCUCCUUGAAGGUUCCUGGAUACAAUCCCUUUUGUAAAGUCUUAUCUCUGCAAUGCAAAUAUACUGAACAUCCUAGGAACAUUCUUUGUUUCUUAGGUCAUUGAAAAAAACUGUUGGGGAGGGCUUAAAUAAAGUGUAAUCAAUGAGUUCAAAUGUCGUCAUAGCUUCUCCAUUUUACAUUUUUCUAAGGAACUUUCAAAGCCCAGGGCAGCUGGAAUUCCCCUAACGUGUUGUCAUCAGUAGCUUGAUAUGAACAUCACUGUGGUGGAAAAGAGAUUGUUGAAGUAGAUGUAUAUAGAUAGAUAUUCAUUUUGACAUCACAGCAUCUGUUCAAUGAUGUUUUAACCACAGCAUUGAAAAUUCUGUCAAAACAGUUGACGCUUUAGCAAAGUGCAGAAUCUAAAUGUAGACAACACCCGAGUGGACACUGCUUAAUUAAGUGUUUGUCGCCCCCUGUAGGAUAGGAGUAGCAGCGGCUACCAUACUUCAAACUGCUUUACCCUGCCCUCUAGUGUUAUCAGCUAGCAUUUACAGCUAAAUGCAGGCCAACUGAAAUCAGUUGCGGACUGCUUUCACACAGGCAGCCAAGUCUGAUAUUUUUUUUCCAUUGGUCUUUUGACAAAUAACAGAUAUUUUUCGGAGCUGAUCGGAUUGGUCAAAAGACCAAUUAGUAAAACAAAAAGAUCCGAAUUGGGCUGCCUGUGUAAACGCAGCCCUUUAGGCACAGACCAAGGGUAAGCACACCUUCCCCAAUAACUAAACCAAUGGGAGUGAAAAACGCUGAACUGACGUUCGAUCACAGCAUACACAUAAAUACACAUUGAAGGGAAGAGUUAGAACAUGGGUACCAUAAAGAGGCAACAUCUGUAUUUGUAGUGUGGAGCAUCAGGUGGUAUAUUUGGACACAGAACAGCCACAUUCAACACAAAGGGGAACAUUCAAUGGCAUUGGGAACUAUCGUAGUGAUAUAUGAGGAAACACAUUGGGAAUGUUUACACAGUUCACCCUGCACUGUACCAUGACAACAUUCAAAACUGAUCAUUGACAAUCUUUCCCACAGUGUAAUAGCACACUAAUUAAAAAUAUCUUAAAUGUUAAAA